UCGCUACGCCGAUAUUCCGAUUCAUUCCGAUUCUGUAAUAAGGUGUCAUCCAGUUGUGUCACGUAUAGUGAAUAGUGCGGUAUUCAUUGUUGGCAAUAGUAUCGCUGUUUACGGGCCUUCAAAAUGGGAGAGGAAUUCAAUGGAGAAGAAUCAUUUGCAGAUCGUGAGCGUCAGGAACGAGGACCAGAUAGAGAAAAGGAGAGGGAGAGAGACAGAGAUAGGAGACACAGAUCUAGGAGUCGGGACCGUAGGAAGCGGUCACGGUCUCGUUCAAAAGAUCGGCGUGAUAGAAAACGGAGCAGCUCACCUAAAAAGGGCCGCAGUUCUCGCAGGAGAAAACCUUCUCUUUAUUGGGAUGUUCCGCCACCAGGUUUUGAACACAUCACACCAUUACAGUACAAAGCGAUGCAAGCUGCGGGACAAAUUCCAGCGAACAUUGUUGCUGACACGCCUCAGGCAGCGGUACCUGUUGUGGGCAGCACAAUAACACGUCAGGCUAGGAGACUCUAUGUCGGAAACAUUCCAUUCGGAGUUACAGAAGAGGAAAUGAUGGAGUUUUUCAACCAGCAAAUGCACCUUUCCGGCCUUGCACAGGCGGCUGGCAAUCCUGUACUUGCCUGCCAGAUCAAUCUUGACAAAAAUUUUGCUUUCCUUGAGUUCCGGUCUAUCGAUGAAACGACACAGGCAAUGGCUUUCGACGGCAUUAAUUUCAAAGGACAAAGUUUGAAAAUAAGGAGGCCACACGAUUACCAGCCGAUGCCUGGCAUGACAGAUAAUCCUAGCAUGAACGUGCCAGGUACGAUUCCUGAUUCACCACACAAGAUUUUCAUUGGCGGUUUACCCAACUACUUGAACGAGGAACAGGUGAAGGAACUACUGAUGAGUUUUGGACAACUCCGGGCAUUCAACUUGGUGAAGGAUUCAGCUACAGGGUUAUCGAAAGGAUACGCCUUUUGCGAGUACGUUGAUGUCACGAUGACCGAUCAAGCUAUAGCUGGACUCAAUGGGAUGCAGCUUGGGGAUAAAAAACUUAUUGUACAACGGGCCAGCGUCGGAGCUAAGAAUCCAAUGAUUGGCGCUCAGGCUCCAGUUCAAAUUCAAGUUCCUGGUCUCUCGAUGGUUGGCACUAGCGGUCCAGCUACUGAGGUGUUAUGCUUACUCAAUAUGGUCACACCUGAGGAAUUGAUGGAAGAAGAGGAGUACGAAGAUAUUCUUGAAGACAUCAAGGAGGAGUGCAACAAAUAUGGAGUCGUUCGCUCAGUCGAAAUUCCUAGGCCCAUCGAAGGCGUUGAUGUUCCUGGAUGUGGAAAGGUUUUUGUUGAGUUCAACAGCGUGAUAGACUGUCAAAAGGCACAGCAAACAUUGACUGGACGAAAGUUCAACAACAGAGUCGUUGUAACGUCCUAUUUUGACCCUGACAAGUACCAUCGCAGAGAAUUUUAAAUAUACGAGUUCCAUUCCUCGUAACAGUCAAUAAAUAAUCAGAAAUUGAACACAAUUGUCAUUGUAGCAAAAAUUUUGUCUACUUGUAUGUUAUCCGUUAAUGGUAUGCUUUUAACUAUGAUCAAGUGCUACUAAAUCAGUGUAUUGAUGUUAUUUUUAAAGUAUUCUUAGUUUCCCACGUUUCAAAAGAUCAGAAGAAGUUGUGUCUCGUCUAAAUUUAACAUUUUUAUUUCUAUGCUAGACCAUCUAUUCGCCGUUUCCGCCGUUUUUGCUCUCUCUCUUCUUGUCGGUCAUAGACAAAAGGAACAUUACUACCGUAAAAAUGGCUACAGUUAACAGGGUCAUCACAUUGUGAGAUAACAUGAGAUUAGGCGUUGCCUUACAUAUUUCCCUCCUUUUUCUUAGUUUUUUAUAAUUAUUAAAGGCAAAGUUGGUGUUUACGUGACAAUGGUCUAUUGACGAUUUUCAAAACGUAUCCAGUGUAUUUGACAUGAGAGUAAUAAUUAUGUACUAAUUAUCACGAGCUUUGAGAGCACUUCACUUAAUAUUGAAACAAAUACAAGCAGAACUCUUGAUAACAAUAUUCCGUCUUCUUAUGAGUCACAAAAUGGUUUUUUCUUUCUUCAAUCUAAUACGGCACAUGGAACGGUAUUGGCUUCCUUGUGAUCCGUACGGAAACCAGCGGUUACCUUUCCGGAUGAAUAUAAGGUUAUCUUUAUUUUCACAAUAAUUUCUCAUAAGUGCAAUCAACUCUCACUUGAGACUUGAAUAUUUGAUUCGACAAGUCCACAAAUAAUGACUGAUUGAACAUUGUUUAUGAUGAAUAAAUAAUACCUUUUGUGUCCCCGAAAAGUAGAGGCAAAAUCUUCCGCAAAAUAUGUUAUUUAUUUAAUAUAUACACAAUUUAUGGUGAAUUUGAAUAACAUGCCAUGCAUUAUUAUUUGCUAACUGAUGGUACAAUGUAUUAUCUAGAUUUUGUCACUACUGCCUAAAGUAUAGGCUAACGUCCAAUCAGUAUAAAUAAAAUUGAAAGAAAAAAUAAGAAUAAAAUUGAAACAAAGAAUCCUAAUUUGUCGCUCUUUAUUGGUAAAGACAUACAUGUAAAUAUAAAUAUAAUAGAGAAAGGGUAUAAAUAAAAUUUGUAUCAUCAUGAGUGGGAAUAACAAGUUUUUUGUUUUAUUGUAUGAUGUUUAAUCAGAACGCCUCAGAGACGUAAUAGAGAAUUUUUUAGAUUCGAUUC